AUGGCAGCCAAACGUCCCAAUUUCCUCGGCAUUGUCGCCGAUGACCUGGGCUUCUCAGAGACCAAAAUCUCUGGCCAGAACGAUCCUAAGGGCUCAGUCAUGAGCACCGCACCUCAGCGCGGUACGCCCGGAUACGAGGAAUUCCUCAACGAGCGCGUCGUUGCACUCCCCGAGGUGCUGCGCGAUGGAGGAUACCAUACCAUGAUGUCGGGCAAGUGGCGCUUGGGUCUAACGCCAGAGCGCUCCCCGCACAAGCGUGGCUUUGAGCGCUCGUUUGCUCACUUGCCUGCUCAAAUCACUAUGCUUUUGAGCCAGAGCUGA